AUGGUCGGGUUCUGUCCAUCUGUGUUCAUCUACCUCGGCCUGGUGGUGCCCGCGAUAUGGCUCAUCGAACUACACAAGGUGGACGUCAGGCUAGACAAGAAGAUGAUAAACAUGACGUUUAAAGAAACGGAGAUCCCAAUCCCAGUGGCAACGAAAAUGGAGACAGAUACGUUUGUGACUCUUAUCGAACAGUUCCUGAUGUUGACUCUCAUAGUCGGGCGAUGGUUGUUGCCCAAGGGAGAUCUCACCAGGGACCAGCUCAGCCAACUCUUGCUGGUGUAUAUUGGCACAGCGGCAGACAUCAUAGAAUUUUUCGACUCCUUCAAAGAUGAGAAGGUAGCUUCAGAAAAAGUGUUAGUACUCCUCACCCUGGCUAUCUGGUCGUGGUCUCUGAUGCAGUUCACUGUGGUGCUGACAGCCACGAAGAGUCGGAAGUCUAGGGGGGCCGCUAAUAGGAACAGCAGGGCUUGCUGCUGCAGCAUCGAAGUCUGUGCCAUCAUGAUGAACAUCGCCCUUCAAGACGCCCCGUUCCUGGCCUUCAGACUCCUCAUCAUCUGUCACUAUAGGAUCAUCAACUAUAUGAAUAUAUUCUUCACGUGUAAGAACACGCUGGUAAUCCUACUCCAGAUAUACCGUCUCUACGUCCUUCAUUUGGAGUCAGUGGACGAAGGUGACGGUGGCUCUGUGUACCGAAAGAAACAUAAACAUAAAUCUAGUGAACGGAAGGAGAAAGAGAAGAAACACAAGAAACACAAUUCGAGGAAGCACAAGAAGAAACAUGAGAUUGGCGAAACAUCUAUCUCUGUGAUCAGCGAUCGAAGACACGACCGUCAUGAUGGUGGCAGGAUCAGAGCAAUAAUUCUAACAAACUCAGACGAAAUAAAGGAACUAGAGUUAAACAAAAUAUUCCAAGAUCAAGUGUCGACUGAAAAUGAGAAGAAGAGAGGUAAGAAGAAACAAAAGUCGGACAGUUCAGAAGAAUCUUUGAACAAUGCCCACCAUACAACAGAUGAUUCGGGUAUUUGA